AUGCUCGACAGUGCUCGCCAAAUUUUCGUCGAUUGUUACAAUGAUCGAAUUCAGCGCUUUCCGUCCGAACAACCGAAUAGAAUAACUGUUGCAGGAAAUCCAUCCAUGAAUAUUACAAUCACUCUUCACUAUCCAACAGGUGUCAUUCUUGAUGUUGAUCAUUAUAUGUUUAUAACUGACUGCUCAAAUAAUCGCAUCGUUGGAUCAGGGCCAUAUGGCUUUCGAUGUAUAGUUGGCUGUUCCGGCACAGGUGGUUCAACAUCAAGCUAA